AUGGAGAGACUGUCGUGCUUCACGCAUACACUGCAGUUGGUGAUCAAAGAUGGUCUGAAAGAAGCCAGUGGGCUGUCAGAGGGACACAAAGCCCUCAUCUUAUCCCAGCGAGAUUAUGCUCAGCUGAAAGAACUCAUCGAAGUUCUUGACCCAUUCCUGGAGGCAACCGACCUGACUCAGGGAGAGAAAACUGUCACAGCCAGUGUGGUUGUGCCCUGUGUUCUUUCUCUGCACUGCCAUCUGCAGGAAAUAAGAGGAAGAGUCAGAUACUGUGGGCCCCUGGUGAGAGCUCUGGCGAGCUCCUUGAAAACAAGGUUCACAGAGAUCUUCCAAGCAGUGAAGAUGCCAGGAUGCGAGCCAGCUGAAGGAAGAGGUCCCACCAAAUUUCCUUUCACGACUGCCUACUUCAUAGCAUCUGUGUUGGACCCAUCGUUUGGUUUCCAGUGGCUAAAACAUGAUGUGCAGCUGGACAGUGAUGACAAAGAUCAGCUAAUGACUCAGAUCAUUGAUUGUAUCAAGGCAGAGGGUGAGAAGCAAAUGAUCUCAACAGCAGACACAGCAGCAGGACCAGAACAAGGUGAUGUUCCAGUGUCUCCUCCUGCUCCUGAAGCUCCUCAGAAGAAGCUGAGAAUGUUCUCCCACUACAGCAAGACUCCCUCCUCCACCAACAGUCGGUCUGUCCAGGCUCAGCUGACUGCAUACCUCGACUUGAUCGACAACCAGGCCUCAGACCCAUGCUUCAAGUUUUGGCAAAAAAAUAAAUCCCAGUUCCCUGUCCUCUAUCAGGUUGCCACACAGCCGCUCACAUUCGCCAUGUCCAAGUUGGCGGAGCCUUGGUCUGCUCGCCAGCAACAACAGCUUUCCUACAUCUCAGAGUUCACCACAGACAUCCAGCACGUGGCUGGCAAGUCAAACCUGGUCGCAGAUUGCCUCUCCAGGGUCGUCAUCGGGGCCGUCCAGUUGGGCCUCGACUAUACCCGCAUGGUGGCGGACCAGCCGCGUCCAGUCGUUCCCACCAGCUGGAGGAGCUCCGUGUUCGAGGCGGUACACGACAUGUCGCACCCCGGCGGGAAGCCUUCGGGUCUUGGAACACAGGGGUACCUGUUUGUUUCAGUCGGAGGAUGCGUCCUGGCAGUUGUCACUAUGGGCGUUUACAGCCUGCUUCUCUUCACCUCCACCUCUGUCUUCAUUCUGCUCGUGUGCUCUGUGGAUCUCCGCCAUGUCCACACCUGGGUGUUUGCUGUCCAGAUGUUGUGGCAAACCUUCUGGCACCUACUCAUACAGUACAGGGAAUACUACCUGCAUGAGCCUGUCAGCAUUAGGUUGUUUUUGGCAGUGUCCUCCUUGAUGCUGCUGACUCAGAGAAUCACUUCGCUGUCGAUGGACCUCCAGGAGAAACGAGUUGUGCUAACAUUUAAUGCCUCAUCCAAAAGCAACGCGUGUGUGAUGCUGCUCCCUCUCAUCAGCUACAUCCUCAAUUUCACCACUCUGCUCGGCGGGCCUCUGUGCUCCUACAGAAACUUUGUGUCUUUAAUGGCAGCGAUCAGCCUCCACGCUCCACCUAAUCCACUGGGUGUAGUCCUUCUAAAGUUGAUGCAGAUUAUUUUGCUGGAGUGCAUUAAGUUUUAUGUUGUCUAUUUACUAAAACACAGCUACUAUGAUUCCUCCUCCUCUAUCUAUGGUGUCCUGUGGGUUUGGGGUCUGGCGCUGGUUUUUAGAAUCCAAUAUUAUUCUCACUGGAGGAUCAGUGAAUGCCUCAAUAACGCAGCUGGGUUUGGCUUUUUGGAAAAAGAACCCGAAGACUCCCCAGACGGGUGCAAACUAUCCGAUGGAGAUUUCUGCACCAUCGAAGCCUCCAGCCGUAUGUCUGAGUUUGCCCGUCGAUGGAACGCAACAACAGCUUCAUGGCUGCGUAGGCUGGUUUAUAUCAGAUGCAAACGUUUUCCGCUGUUCAUGACUUUUAGUUUCUCACUGUGGUGGCAUGGUUGUCAUUUAGGUCACUUUGUGGGAAUGUGGACCUGGGCAGCAACAGUGAAGGCAGAUUAUCAUAUACACAGGUACUUGCACCCAAAACUCUCAUCUACACAAAGUAAAAUAUACAGUUGUUUAGGAUGGAUAAACACUCAGAUGAUUGUUGCUUGUAUUGUUAUUGCAGUAGAAUUAAGAGAUAUGUCUGGUUUGAGACUUUUGUCUAUAACAUACAUUGGUCUGUUUCCACUUCUUAAUACAAUGCUGCUCUUUAUCUUAUUAAAACUCAACAAAGUUUAG